AGUCUAUGAAAAAAUGACGGAUCAGUUGGAUACGUAUCGGAGCAAUUUAUGAUAAUUACGAGAAAUAGUAAUAUCAGUACAAAUUUAAGAUAUUUAACUAGUUAAAACAGAACGUUAAUAGUUUAUGUAAAGUGAUUAUCAAAAACGUUAUAUUCGCUCAUGUAAUAAACCAGUUUUCGAACUGACGGCAACGUAGUAAUUCCACCAUGGAGGACGCUCACACGAAAUCCGUGGACGAAGUCUUAGGAUUUUUCGGCACAGACUCGGACAAAGGUCUUUCACCAGACCAAGUGAAAAGGAAUCAGGAUAAAUAUGGGCCAAAUGAGCUGCCGACAGAAGAAGGCAAAAGUAUAUGGCAGUUAGUUUUGGAACAAUUCGAUGAUUUGUUAGUCAAGAUUUUGCUGUUAGCUGCUAUUAUUUCUUUUGUAUUAGCUUUAUUUGAGGAACACGAGGAUGCCUUCUCAGCAUUCGUUGAACCAUUUGUUAUUUUACUAAUUCUUAUCGCUAACGCUGUAGUAGGAGUAUGGCAGGAAAGAAAUGCAGAAUCCGCCAUCGAAGCUUUAAAAGAAUACGAACCCGAAAUGGGUAAAGUAGUAAGAGGAGACAAAUCUGGCGUUCAAAAGAUUCGGGCGAAAGAAAUUGUACCUGGUGACGUCGUCGAGGUGUCCGUUGGUGACAAAAUUCCCGCCGAUAUCCGCCUUAUUAAGAUUUUUUCCACUACCAUCCGUAUCGAUCAGUCCAUCUUGACCGGUGAGUCCGUGUCUGUGAUCAAGCACACCGACGCCAUCCCCGACCCCCGUGCCGUGAACCAAGACAAAAAGAACAUUCUCUUCUCCGGUACCAAUGUUGCUGCCGGUAAAGCUCGCGGUGUCGUCAUCGGUACCGGUCUCAACACUGCCAUCGGUAAAAUCAGAACCGAAAUGUCUGAGACUGAAGAGAUCAAGACACCACUCCAGCAGAAAUUGGACGAGUUCGGUGAACAACUGUCUAAGGUUAUCUCCGUCAUCUGCGUCGCCGUAUGGGCUAUCAACAUCGGUCACUUCAACGACCCCGCCCACGGUGGUAGUUGGAUCAAAGGUGCCGUCUACUAUUUCAAGAUUGCUGUGGCUUUAGCCGUAGCUGCCAUUCCAGAAGGUUUACCCGCUGUCAUAACCACCUGUCUCGCUCUCGGAACGAGGAGGAUGGCUAAGAAGAACGCUAUUGUCAGGUCUCUGCCUUCCGUCGAAACCCUAGGUUGUACAUCUGUUAUUUGCUCAGACAAAACCGGUACUUUGACCACUAACCAAAUGUCAGUAUCCCGUAUGUUUGUCUUUGAAAAGAUCGAAGGUGGAGACAGCAGCUUCCUCGAAUUCGAAAUCACCGGAUCCACCUACGAACCCAUUGGUGACGUCUACCUGAAGGGACAGAAAGUGAAGGCCGCCGAGUUCGACACUCUUCACGAAUUGGGUACAAUUUGCGUAAUGUGCAAUGACUCCGCUAUCGAUUUCAACGAGUUCAAGCAGGCUUUCGAAAAGGUCGGUGAAGCCACCGAGACCGCUCUUAUUGUACUCGCCGAAAAGAUGAACCCCUUCAACGUACAAAAGACUGGCCUGGACCGCCGCUCAACCGCUAUCGUCGUGCGUCAAGAGAUUGAAACCAAAUGGAAGAAGGAGUUCACUCUCGAAUUCUCCCGUGACAGGAAAUCUAUGUCCAGCUACUGCACACCUCUCAAGCCCUCUCGUCUCGGAAACGGACCCAAACUGUUCGUCAAGGGUGCCCCCGAGGGAGUCCUGGAUCGUUGCUCCCACGCCCGUGUCGGAACCAGCAAAGUCGCUCUCAACUCUACCCUCAAGAGCCGCAUCUUGGAGCUUACCCGCCAAUACGGUACCGGGCGUGACACCCUCCGUUGCUUAGCUCUGGCCACCGCCGACAACCCAAUGAAACCUGAUGAAAUGGACCUCGGAGACUCAACCAAAUUCUACACAUAUGAAGUCAACCUUACCUUCGUCGGUGUCGUGGGCAUGUUGGACCCUCCCCGCAAGGAAGUAUUCGACUCGAUCGUCCGUUGCCGCGCUGCUGGUAUCCGUGUCAUUGUCAUCACCGGUGACAACAAAGCCACCGCCGAGGCUAUCUGCAGACGUAUCGGAGUAUUCACUGAAGACGAGGACACAACUGGAAAGUCCUACUCCGGUCGCGAAUUUGAUGACUUGCCUAUUCACGAACAGCGUGCCGCGUGCGCCAAGGCCCGUCUCUUCUCCCGUGUGGAGCCCGCGCACAAGUCCAAGAUUGUUGAAUACUUGCAGAGCAUGAACGAAAUCUCCGCUAUGACUGGUGAUGGUGUGAACGACGCCCCCGCUUUGAAGAAGGCUGAGAUCGGUAUUGCCAUGGGAUCGGGUACAGCUGUGGCCAAAUCUGCCGCUGAGAUGGUGCUCGCUGAUGAUAACUUCUCAUCCAUUGUAGCUGCUGUUGAGGAAGGACGAGCUAUCUACAACAACAUGAAGCAAUUCAUCCGCUACCUAAUCUCAUCCAACAUUGGUGAAGUUGUCUCCAUCUUCUUGACUGCCGCCCUUGGUCUUCCCGAAGCCCUGAUUCCAGUCCAACUGUUGUGGGUCAACCUCGUCACUGACGGUCUGCCUGCCACUGCCCUCGGUUUCAACCCACCUGAUUUGGACAUCAUGGACAAACCCCCCAGAAAGGCCGAUGAGGGUCUUAUCUCCGGAUGGCUGUUCUUCAGAUACAUGGCCAUCGGUGGUUACGUAGGUAUGGCGACUGUGGGAGCUGCCUCAUGGUGGUUCAUGUACUCCCCCUUCGGACCUCAGAUGACCUACUGGCAACUUACUCACCACCUGCAGUGCCUUGGUGGAGGAGAUGACUUCAAGGGUAUCGACUGCAAGAUCUUCACCGACCCCCACCCAAUGACCAUGGCUCUGUCCGUGCUGGUGACAAUCGAGAUGUUGAACGCCAUGAACAGUUUGUCCGAGAACCAGUCGCUGGUGUCCAUGCCCCCUUGGUCCAACAUGUGGUUGGUGGGCUCCAUGGCCCUUUCCUUCACUCUUCACUUUGUCAUCUUAUACGUUGAAGUUCUCUCGGCCGUGUUCCAAGUGACGCCUCUGUCCUUGGACGAGUGGAUGACGGUGAUGAAGUUCUCGGUGCCCGUGGUCCUCCUCGACGAGGUGCUGAAGUUCGUGGCCCGCAAGAUCUCCGACGGUAAAAGCUCCUGGCUCCAGGGCAUGCAGUGGAUUGUGCUCAUGUGGGCCGUCUUUUUUGGCCUCGUCCUUUACGGACCUCUAUAAACCACAAUACAAAUGCGACAGUCGCUCACUUUAAGCGCGCGUUGUAAUUAUAUUGCCCGUUGGCUAUAAAUAGUACCAGCUCUUGCAGUCGAAUGAAACGCGUAUGCGCUGCAUAUUUAAAUGGUUUUAACUAUCACAUACGAGGAAAUUUACUUUGUUUUUUUUUAAAUAUAAUAUUAGAAAUAUGGGCGUUCUGCCAUUUUGGAAAUAUUUGAGUUUGAAUUGAGCGGCCGUCAAAUGUAUUGUGCUAACCUCCCGCCAAAUUCCGCGCCAGCCACGUUUCUCUUGGCUGACGCAACGAAUUCCACUGUGGAAACCGAUGAACAUUGGGCUCUGCUCACCACAGUACAUUAACCGAAUGCUAAUCCACAAAGUGUGAAGUGAACCCUGUGCACGUGUGAACUGAGAAGUGACCAACUGACACGUUCAAUGGACUGCGGUGCUGUCCUUUCGAGACAAUAAUAGCUCACGGAGUUUUACGGGCUGUGAAGAUCAUUUCAGCAUUUCAUUUAACGAUUUUAUAUUAGGAAAUUGCUCCGAUAACUCGCACACGGCUCAGUCUGGACGGCAGACGUCCUAUUGCCUGUUAAAUAUAGCUCGAUUCCUGUCGCCUUCUAGGCCUGGUACAUCUGGAUCUUACUGAAAUUAUCCGGGAAUUAAGUUUUAUUUUAUUUUCAAUAGCGAAGUGCAUUGUUAGUCUAGAAUAAUUUAUUGUAAGAUAGGCUCGUUAUAUCCGAAAUUUUCGAUGUAUGAAGAAUCUUUAUUUGUCCUCUCACCUCUUGCUUGCUAACCUGCAUUUGUCCUUUGCAAUUGUCUGUACCGUCUCGGAAAUGAAUAAUUUCGUCCGCCAGUGCUUUUAAAAACUUAUCGGAGACCUACAGACAUUUGCAUGCAGUAUGUUGGCAUAAUGCAUUUGUAUGACUAACAAACUUCAUGUUAAAUUCCUUGAAAUUCUGUACUUUUUAUCUCAAAACAACACAAAAUUCAUUGUAAAAUUAAAAGUAGCCUACAAUUAUAUCGGUUUUGGUUUUUACAAUAAAUAUACAGUAAGUUUGAUCUUAUGAUAACUUUUAUAAAACAUAAUAUUUAUGUAUAAGGAUUUACGAAUGUGUUGAAUAGUUCAAUCAAUCUUAAAUGUUAGAAAAAUAGACCUAAGUGAUUUAAUAGUUUUUAAAUAAAUUUGCAUGACUGCAACGCAUGAUUUGUUUUUAAAAGUAUGAUUUCUGUGUGCCUUAAGCUUAUUAAUCAAUAACUAUCAAAUGUGAAAAUUAAACGUCAGCCAGUCACGAACUAUGUUACAUGACACUACACACGGCACAAACACUAGCAUGAUCAACUGAACAUUGUAAAUCCCUUGAAUACAUUUAUUGAUUUAAAUAACUUCAUUUUCAAAAUGUUUUACACUAAUAGUAUUUAUUAAAGGUAAGAAGUGUUCCCCUUACACCAGAUAAAACAAAGAUGUAUUAUUUAUCCACCUUUCCUCUGCACUUUCAAAAUUCACGCACACCCCUAAAGCCGCACUAACUGCGUGUUCGAUGUUACCUCCUAACAAAAAGUUUUGCAAGCUUCGAAAAUCCAAUUGCUAUUGGCUAUAUUUUUCGAAAUUCAAAAUUUACAAGAACAGCUACUUAGAAGUUGCAGUCUUGUCACAGUACACAGUAGCUCUAUAUUUGAAAGGUAAUACUUUUUGGUUCUUGAAAUCUAAAUGACCGUGUUUAUCAGAGCUACUGUUGCCAUGUACUGUGUUGCAAAACUUUGUCUGGCGCCGCCACAAAGACGCGUGCGCGGCGCCGUGUUCCCGCAU